AUGAGCACGAACAGCACAGAGAGUUCAAUAGAAAAAGUGACCCAACAAAAAGAAGAGAAUGAUGGAGAUUCUAGAAAAGACGGACUCCCAUCCACAUCGAGACCCUAUAUUCGAUUGGCUUCUGAGCUUCGAAAUCUCACAAAAGAUUUGGGUGAUGAGGUCCGUUUCCGAUGUGAGGCGCUCGGCACUCCACCGCUGACUUUCAGUUGGUUAAAGAACCAAGCUCUCGUCGAGAAAUCGCGUCGAAUAAAGAUCAAAACGAGAGAGAAUUCUUCCCGUCUCGUCAUUCAACAUCUCGAUGUUCUCGACAGCGGUUACUAUCAAUGUGUGGUGAGCAAUUCGGCCGCUUCAGUCAACACGACAAGCGUCUUGAGGAAAUUGCUUGCC